GUGCAUGAGAAUAGUCAUAUUUACGCACCAAAUACAGAAUCAUCUGCCAUUUCACAUUACAUACCACGUCCGUCCGCACAGAAUCCGUCACCAGCCUAUCCAGCUGUGCCCUCGGCCAUUAGUCUAAGCCAGGUUGGCGGAGUGGUAAGCAGCGGUGUUGUACAAGCAACCAGUAGCGCGAUUAGCGCUGGAAAUUUCGGUACUAUUACCGGCGUGGCGCAAGCUAAUGGCGGUGACAGCACUUUUAGUUUUAACAUACGACCCAAACCCAAUGUAGUCGGACAGCCGCAACUUCCAUUGCCACCGAAUCAAAUUGAUGCUGGCAGUUAUGGCUUACUAUCGUCGAACCGUCCCGGCUAUGGUCAAUUACCCAAUCCCGGGUUUUUGAGUUCACAACACUCAGCAGCUGCUUCUAAUGGCCAUACAAAUUUUGGUAAUUCACAGAAGGAGAGCGCAAAUAGUCCGUUUUCAAGUGAAAACAAGAGACCCCAAUUGGGAAAUUAUGGCUAUUAUAGCCAAUUACAGAACCUACCGCUAGAGAAGAAAACGAACCUUGAACACAUUGUUACUGUAAACGACUAUGACUACUCGUCACGUACGCUCGAACCGAUAGUGACCAAGAAUACGACAAACGGAGUGAGCAACGGUACUGAGACUAGCUAUGACAUUGAUGAUGAACGUGAAGACACCGAUGACUAUGAUUACGUGGAUGACAUAUUGGGUAUGGGUGAAAAAUUCGACAGUGACGGCUACAUACGACCUGAACAUAUGAUAGAUGCACUGAUUAAAUCAAAAGAAAACGAACUGAAAAACUUGACUGCACACAGGAACAACACUACGAAACCUUUGGACGACAACUACGUACUACCAGUACUCAAUACAACGACAGAAACGCUGAAACUCAACAAUACCGCUGAGACGUUAGAACGAAGUACGGAUAGGGACAUGACAAGAACGUUUAACCCAACGACGCAAGCGCUAACAGAAAAUGUAACUCCUUUUUCCGAUGUUGAGGGCAAAAAUCUAAACAAUGACAUAUUGGCCGAAGACUAUGACGACAUGACGACCGAAACUUUAAUUGCCACCAAAACUAAUAUAAUCGAUACAAUAGCCACCGACAAACAGAUUCUAAAAAGUACGGAAAUAGAACGAAGGAAGGCAGUCUCAAAAUUUGCUGCACCAGUUGCCUUUGCGCCUAUUAAAAUUUUGACAAAAUUAGAACGGCCAGAUAAUUGGGUAAUUUACGAUUCUCCCAAAAACUAUCCGCUUCUGCCAGAAUUACCGGCAAUGAAUGAGUACUCAUCGGCUCCCACAGAUGAAGUACCAAUGCCUAUAAAAGGUCUGGCUAGCAUUUGGUUGAAGAAAAUCAAGAGGCAAAAAGACAAAAAUAGAGCACAAUUUCUCGUUACCGAUGUGCCAGCCGACAACGAGGCAAGUAUGCAAAAUGAAGAGUUCGUGAAGUUCAAUUCGGAAGAUUUUACAACACUUUCUCCAGCGAACAUGGCCGUCGGCAAGGCUUAGAGGUGGCUAUGAGUUCUACUUCGGUCGGCUAAUAAUGCGUGGGUGAUACGGGCUAUAU